AUGAGUGACCACAUCGACGAACAUAUCCUCAGCAAGUUUCACAUACUCCAAAAAUUGGGUAAAGGGGCCUAUGGUAUUGUUUGGAAAGUGGCCAACAAGGAGACCCAAGAAGUGGUAGCGCUGAAAAAAAUAUUCGACGCUUUCAGGAAUUCAACAGAUGCACAACGUACGUAUAGGGAGAUUAUGUUCUUGCAAUAUUUGAGAAAAGCGCACAACAUAAUUGAACUCAAAGACGUUUACCCAGCGAAAAAUGAUCGCGAUCUGUAUCUAACGUUCGAAUAUGUAGACACUGAUCUUCAUUCAGUUAUACGUAUAAAUAUAUUGGAGGAAGUGCACAAAAAGUACAUACUCUACCAAAUUAUUAAGGCCAUUCAUUUCAUUCAUUCCGGAGAUUUGCUUCACAGGGAUCUCAAACCCUCAAACGUGCUUCUGAACGCAAAAUGCAAUAUCAAACUCGCAGAUUUUGGGCUGGCAAGAAGUAUAGCCCAUGAUGAAGUUACAGAUGAAGCACCUGUAUUAACAGAUUAUGUGGCAACGCGGUGGUACCGCGCACCAGAAAUUUUGGUUGGAAGUACAAAAUAUACCAAAGGCGUAGAUAUGUGGGCAAUAGGCUGUAUAUUAGCGGAAUUGCUUAUCAAUAAACCCCUGUUUCCAGGCUCUUCAACAGUGAAUCAACUUUCGAAGGUUGUCGCAUUCACAGGCAUGCCUACUGAAGAGGAUAUGGAAUCACUGGGUUCGCCAUUCACUACUUUGAUGAUGAGCUCACUAACUAAAAUUCCGCACAAAUCCAUUAGAGAGUAUUUCCCUAAUGCCCCUGAGGACGCCGUUGACCUGGUAUUGAAAUUACUACAAUUCAACCCCAAAAAAAGAAUAACAACGUUGCAGGCUUUGAAUCACCCAUACAUACGCUCGUUCCACAAGUCGAACGAUUCUCUACCUGUUUUACAUAAACCGGUGAAAAUACCUGUUUGCGACAAUAUCAAGUAUGACGUUGCGAAUUAUCGUAGGCUCAUUUACAAAUUCAUCGAAGACAAAAAAUCAAGUAACAGAUUUUAUCCAGAUGAAAACCCACAAAGGGUAUCUGCUGUAUCAGAUGGCAAGCGAACGCCAACCAUUCCCGGCACGCUCAAUGAUUCUACGCACGUAGUAUCGGCGAGUAAGGGUCUUGAAAAUGUGAGGAAAGCGAAAUGCGAUACGAGCAACAAGGAUAGGAACGCCUACGCACCUCAUGCGGUUGGUAGUCUAAUGACAAUUCACAAAAAUGUGGCUAAGCUAAAGUCAGUAGCCGAGCAGAGUCAGCCACCAUUGAAUGUUGCUCCAACCGCUGCCAGGGUGCCGAUACAACCACGAAUGGGUUUUUUCCAAACUACAUGUGGAUCGAACCUACAGAGGAACAAUGCGUACAACCAACAACAGCUAGUAGUGAGACAGAAGACUGCUCCGCCAGUAAACCCCGCACAGUACCAGUGCAAGGUCAAGUUGCAACAGGACUCGAGCUAUGGCAACACGUUCUUCUUCUAA